CUUUCUUCUCACUGUAUAAAAGGAGAAAAAUUUUCUUCAGUCUGUCAUACUGAGUUCGAGCUUUGUACAAAUAACGUCUAGAAUGGAUUUGUCUAAAUUUUAUAUCUGUGUUUGUCUGAUUGUGGCAAUUGAAGCUAUAUCCAUACCUCAGUAUGCAUACAGAGAAGUAGAAGACCCAGCAGCAGCACACAAAAAGGCACCAAUUCCUAUUUUGAAACAGAGCUUCGAAAAGAGCAAAGAGGGCUAUCAAUUCAGCUACGAAACUGCCAAUGGAAUCCACGCAGAAGAAUCAGGUUAUAUAAAAAAUAAGGGAGAUGAAAAACACGAAGUGGUAGUACAACAAGGAACCAUAACCUACCAUGAUGAGCACGGUAAACCAAUUUCUCUGACCUACAUCGCCGAUGAGAAAGGCUUCCGUCCACAAGGAGCUCAUCUACCAACUCCUCCACCAAUUCCAGAAGCCAUAUUGAAGUCAUUAGAACAGAAUGCCCAUGAAGAACAGCAAGAACAGCAUCUGCAACAGGUUCAUCAUUCAAUUGCCCAAAAAGAACCUCAAUCGCAGGAAGAAUAUCAAUAUCAGCAACCAGAGCAACAAGCCGUUGAAUAUGAACAACCACAACAAGAAUUGAUUCAGAAGGAAUAUCAGAAACAAAUUCAGGAACAGAUCCAUAAACAACUGAGAGAACAACAGUACCAGCAGCCACAGUAUCAGCAGCCCCAUCAGGAAUAUCAAGUUCAACAAUAUCACCAAGCUGGAUACUAAAUAUGCUUUUUUCAAUUUUCGUAAGAGAUAUGACGUAACUGAUAUUUUAUGUAUAUAUUUUGCGUUAUUGUUGUAAUCAGUAUUUUAAUCCAUAAGUGUUAUUAUGUUCAUGUUUACCGACUGAUGAAUAAAUUAUAUUUUUAUA